GUUAGAAGAUUUGGUUAGAAAAUUUGGUUAGAAAAUUGUUAGAAAGUGUCGGUAUGGAAUUGUCGGGAUUUGUGAGAUAAAGUUAUAAACUGAUAAUCUUGUAAAUAAAUUUAAAUAAUAAAUUUUGUAAAAUAAUUUAAAUCUUGUGAUAAUUUAAAUCUUGUGAUAAAUUUGAUUUUGUGAUAAAUUUGAUUUUGUGAUAAAUUUGAUUUUGGUUGGGUUUGUGAUUUUAAUUUUUCAGGGCUGUAACGCCGAUUUAGCCGUUUUAACGAUGUUGGACUGGUUGUUUUUGUGUUAAAACAGUGAGAGGCUGUUUGGCAUAAUUUGGAGUUGUAUCUUUUAAUUGAAAUUCAUCAGUCAACUUGACACUGGCCGAAUUUUUCAAACAUUUUCAGAUUCACUUUUUAAUUUUUUAAUAAUUUUUGUAUCAUAAAUUUUCACCAAAUUUGACCAAUAUCAUUUCCACCAUUUUCAAUUUUACCUAAAUUAACCCAUUUUCAACUGUUAAUUCAAUUUUCAACUAUUAAUUCAAUUUUCAACCUUUUAAUUCAAUUUUCAACUGUUUAAUCCAAUUAUCUAUUUUUUAAUUUAAUUUUUCUAAUUUCGGGAAUCGCAAUGGCGUUGGAUCAGAAUUAUGAUUAUUUGUUUAAGAUAGUGUUGAUUGGUGAUUCGAAUGUGGGUAAAUCGAACUUGUUGGACCGUUUUGUCAAGGGUAAUUUUAAGCUUGAUUCCAAGAGUACAAUUGGUGUUGAGUUUGCGACGAAGAAUGUGAACUUGCGUAACGGGAAGGUUGCCAAGGCUCAGAUCUGGGACACUGCAGGCCAGGAACGUUACAGAGCAAUCACCAGCGCGUACUACAGAGGCGCCAGAGGCGCCAUCGUAGUCUACGACAUUGCCUCCAAGCAGUCGUUCUACAACGUGUCCCGAUGGCUAUCGGAGCUGAACGAGUACGGCGACGCUAACAUGAUAAUUGCUCUCGUGGGUAAUAAAAGUGACUUGACACAUUUAAGAGAAGUUACGUACGAGGACGGGGAGCGCUACGCCAAGAGCAAUAACUUGAUUUUUUUCGAGACUUCGUGUCUCAGUAAUGAGAACAUCGACACCACAUUCACUGAGUUACUCAAUUUGAUCUGUGAUAAUCACGAGAAAUUUGGCGAUACCAGCGUCACGGCCAACGGCGCCAACGUCACAAAGUCACUGGUAUCACUCGCAAAACCCAAAAAAAUGAAAAAGAAAAUGGCCAAAUGCUGCUAAUCUUUUACAGUCCA